UUCGCGCUAUGUUGCUGCAGCUCGGCCUCGCCGCGCUCUCGCGACGCGCUUUGCCCAGGGCGAGAGCCGCGUCGCUCGUCUCGCGUGCGCCUUCCUGCUCCAGACCCGCCGCCUUCAUGUCGACGUUCCUGAUCAAUCAAGCCUCGUACGCGUGGCUGAAAGAGCUGGGCCUGCAAGAGGAGAACGGGGGCGUGUAUAAUGGCUCCUGGGGAGGAAGAGGAGAGGUGGUGACAUCAUACUGUCCUGCGAACCAUCAGCCGAUAGCCAGAGUUCGCCAGGCCAGUUUGGAAGACUAUGAAGAAACAGUAAAGAAAGCAAAAGAGGCAUGGAAAGUAUGGGCAGAGGUUCCUGCGCCGAAACGAGGAGAAAUAGUGAGACAGAUUGGUGAUGCCUUGAGACAGAAAAUCAAAGUUCUGGGAAACUUGGUUUCUUUAGAGAUGGGGAAGAUCUUUGUUGAGGGUGUCGGUGAAGUGCAGGAAUACGUGGAUGUCUGUGAUUAUGCUGUUGGCUUAUCUCGAAUGAUUGGUGGACCUGUCUUGCCUUCAGAAAGACCUGGACAUGCCCUGAUAGAACAAUGGAACCCUUUGGGAUUAGUAGGGAUCAUCACAGCCUUCAAUUUUCCUGUAGCAGUUUAUGGCUGGAACAAUGCGAUUGCAAUGAUCUGUGGCAAUGUCUGCCUCUGGAAAGGUGCACCUACAACAUCCCUCACUAGCGUAGCCGUAACAAAAAUAGUUGCACGGGUACUGGAGGAUAACAAACUUCCUGGUGCUAUCUGCUCUCUGACUUGUGGUGGAGCAGAUAUUGGCACAGCAAUGGCGAGGGAUGAAAGAAUCGAUCUGCUGUCCUUCACUGGCAGCACACGUGUGGGCAAGCAGGUAGCGCUAAUGGUUCAGGAGAGAUUUGGACGGUUUCUGCUGGAGCUUGGUGGAAACAAUGCUAUUAUUGUGUUUGAAGAUGCCGACCUUAACCUGGUCAUCCCAUCUGCCCUCUUUGCAGCUGUGGGGACAGCAGGCCAGAGGUGCACAAGUGCCAGGAGGCUGUUUUUACAUGAAAGCAUCCAUGAUGAAGUAGUGGAAAAACUGGUUAAGGCGUAUGCGCAGGUCCGCGUUGGAGACCCAUGGGAUGCAAACACCCUAUAUGGUCCUCUCCACACAAAGGAAGCGGUGAAGAUGUUUCUUGAUGCAGUAGAACUGGCCAAAAAUCAAGGUGGCUCUGUGGUCUAUGGUGGGAAGGUUAUAGAUCGCCCUGGAAACUAUGUUGAACCAACCAUUGUGACUGGCCUUGCACAUAAUGCACCCAUUGUACAGACAGAGACUUUUGCCCCUAUUCUGUAUGUGCUGAAGUUUAAGUCAGAGGAAGAAGCCUUUGCCUGGAACAAUGAAGUGAAGCAAGGCCUGUCCAGCAGCGUCUUUACCAAGGAUUUGGGCAGAAUAUUCCGGUGGCUUGGGCCCAAAGGAUCAGACUGUGGUAUUGUGAAUGUCAAUAUUCCAACUAGUGGGGCUGAAAUUGGAGGUGCUUUCGGUGGCAAUAAGCACACUGGUGGUGGAAGGGAAUCUGGCAGUGACUCAUGGAAGCAAUAUAUGAGACGAUCCACUUGCACAAUCAAUUACAGCAAGGAUUUGCCUCUGGCUCAAGGAAUCAAGUUUCAAUAACAGCUUGGUGAAUGCAGUGCCUUGGCUGUGCUUGACAUUUAAGAGUCAAGCACCUGUUGAUUUGUACCUGCUGAGGUGGCUACCUGAAAUGAUCUAGCGUUGAAGCUAUUUGCAACUGCCCGAAUACUCCCCUCCAGAAUGCUGCAAUCGUUUCAAUAAUGUAUCCAGACUCUGAUGCUGCAUUCAAAGAGAUCAAGUGAAAAAAAGUCUGGCAACGAAGAGGUUUUUCUUGCUAUACUCUCCAAAUCGGUCUGAAACUUGAAAUCAGACCUGCAGCAUUCUGAAAUGCCUUUUGUACUUCUGUCAAAUGCAAUUAAAAAGAAUUUGUGCAUAAUCCACUGCAAUGAGGAAAUAAAAGCUUUCUGUUAUGGUUCA